AUGGCACGGGCUCCGCUGCAACAUGAGAUUGAGGAUGCUGAAAGGCAACUUCAAGGAAUCGAAGAUGAUGUCAGAGACUUGCUAUCAAAAACAGACAAAAUCCUAUCAGAUAUGGAAACUCUGGAAAAUGAAAUCCAACAAAAUAUGAGAUGUUUCAAUUGGUGUCCUAAUUGGAGUUGGCGGUAUCGAUUAAGUAAGAAAGCAAUGAAGAACACUUUUGUUAUUUUUGUGCUUCUUGAGAACACCACCAAAUUUGGUCAACCUGGACGAGUGGGCUACCGUUCACCUAGUACAGUUCCGACCAUAGAAUUCCACUCUUCAAAGGAUUUUAUGGACUCUAAAUCUUCAAAAACAGCUUCUAAUCAGAUCAUUGAGGCCCACAGGAUGACAAUUUGUGAUUACUACGUGUCUCAGAAGCCAAACUUUGAAACAAUUCAAGAUGAAAUUGCAAAAUACCUGGAUUUCGAUGUGAAGAAUGAACUAGGAAGAAGAUCAAGACAAGAAUUCUGGUUGAAACUGCAGGAUGAGAAAAGGAUUCUAAUAAUCCUUCAUGAUGUUUGGGCAAAAAUUGACUUAAAGGAGGAGAUAGGAAUUCCAUUUGCUGAGGAUCAUAAAGGCUGCAAAAUUCUUUUAACAACACGUCGUCAACAAGUAUGCACUGCUAUGGGAUGUCAAAAGACAAUACCACUUGGUUGUUUAGAUGACCAUGAAGCUUGGACUUUAUUUGCGGCGAUAGCAGGUCUAGAUAACUCUUCUGAUGACGCUAUUAAACAUGUAGCAACUAAAGUUAUCAAAAAGUGUGAGGGUUUGCCCAUAGCUAUAGUUGCAUUGGGAAGUGCUCUAAAAGGUAAAAAUCAUCAUAUGUGGAAAGCAGCACAUCGGAAACUCAAAAACCGUAGAUUGGGUGACAUCGAAGAUAUUGAUCAACAAAAUGCUUACCUAUGUCUUGAGGUAAGUUUUGAUUAUCUGAAGGAUACGGCGACCAAGAUGUGUUUCUUAUUGUACUCUUUAUUUCCUGAAGAUUAUAAGAUUUAUGUAGAGGAGUUGGUGAGAUAUGCAUGGGGACUAGAGUUGUAUGAAGGUAUGGGCUCAAUUGAAGAAGUGAGGAGCGAAGUGCUUGCAGCGAUCGAUAUCCUCAAGGAUUCUUGUUUGUUGAUAAAUUGUGGAGAAAGGCAUGUUAAAAUGCAUGACAUGGUUAGUGAUGUUGCUUUGUGGAUAGCAUUCUACAGAAAGGAGUUUUCUUUUGUUAUAAAAUCUGAGGUUAUUGAAAUGUGGGCAAAGGAUGAAAGUUUUGAGCCUUGCGAAGCAGUCUCCUUCAAGACUAGUCAGAUCGUUGAACUUCCUAAAGGACUAGCAGGUUGCAAACUCUUGGGCAUCUCAUUGCUUGGGAAGUUGAAGGUUCUUUCAUUUAGUCGCUCUGAUAUCAAAGAAUUGCAAGAAGAAAUAGGUGAUUUGGAUAAUCUUAAAUUGUUGGAUUUAUCAUAUUGUAAACAACUACAGAGAAUCCCUCCUCAGUUAAUACGAAGAUUGUCCCAAUCAGAAGAACUAUACUUACAUGGUUGUGAAAGAAUAAAAUGGGCUACUGAGAACACGGUUCAAGAAGAAAGCUAUGCCAGCCUAUCGGAGUUGAAUUCCUUGUCAAACUUGGCCGUAUUAUCUUUAGAGGUUUCUUCUAAACAUCUUCCACGAGACUUUCUGUUCCGUAAAUUACCAAGGUUUUGUGUAUGCGUUAGCUUUUCUAAGUUAUAUGUAAUGAAGAGGGACUUUGAGAUCGACCAAUUGUCAGGAUCCUUAGAAAUUGAGGGUCUGUAA